AUGUGUCCCCCCCUCACCGGGGUAGGGGGGGGGAUCCCUCUCGCCGGGGGGAAACUGAGGCACGGCUCGGGCCACGACGCUACCACCACCACUGCCACCACCACUGUCACCGCCACUACCAUCAUCACCAUCACCGCCACCACGGCCACUGCUGCCAUCCGGGCCACCCACUGUUCCCAUGCGCACCCCCGGCAGGGCCCGCUGUGUCAGGGCCUCCCUCCCACCCGUGUCGGGGUUCACCCCCCGCUGCUGAGUCACUGUGGGUGCAGCCCCCUGCCCUCGGGUGCUGAGUCACGGGUGGGAGGCACCCCCACGCACCCCGAGGUGCUCUGGGGCGUGCUGAGCCUGUCCCUCCCCAGGGGAGCUUUCUCGGUCGUCCGGCGCUGCGUCAAGCUCUGCACUGGCCAUGAGUACGCUGCUAAGAUCAUCAACACCAAAAAGCUCUCAGCCAGAGACCACCAGAAGCUGGAGCGCGAGGCGCGGAUCUGCCGGCUGCUCAAGCACUCCAACAUCGUGCGGCUCCACGACAGCAUCUCCGAGGAGGGGUUCCAUUACCUCGUCUUUGACCUGGUGACGGGCGGCGAGCUCUUUGAGGACAUCGUGGCGCGGGAGUACUACAGUGAGGCUGAUGCCAGCCACUGCAUCCAGCAGAUCCUGGAGGCUGUCCUGCACUGUCACCAGAUGGGGGUGGUCCACAGGGACCUCAAGCCCGAGAACCUGCUCCUGGCCAGCAAGUGCAAAGGGGCAGCAGUGAAGCUGGCAGACUUUGGCCUGGCCAUCGAGGUGCAGGGGGAUCAGCAGGCCUGGUUUGGAUUUGCAGGCACACCUGGCUACCUGUCCCCCGAGGUGCUGCGCAAAGAGGCCUAUGGCAAACCGGUGGACAUCUGGGCAUGUGGGGUCAUCCUGUACAUCCUGCUGGUGGGCUACCCGCCGUUCUGGGACGAGGACCAGCACAAACUCUACCAACAAAUCAAGGCUGGGGCCUACGAUUUCCCUUCGCCUGAGUGGGACACGGUCACCCCCGAAGCCAAAAACCUCAUCAACCAGAUGCUGACCAUCAACCCCGCCAAGCGCAUCACAGCCCACGAGGCCCUCAAGCACCCGUGGGUCUGCCAACGUUCCACCGUGGCCUCCAUGAUGCACAGGCAGGAGACAGUGGAGUGCUUGAAAAAGUUCAACGCCCGGAGGAAGCUCAAGGGUGCCAUCCUCACCACCAUGCUGGCCACCAGGAACUUCUCAGUGGGCAGACAGACCACCGCUCCUCCCACCAUGUCGGCGGCCGCUGCCGGGGCCCCCCUGGGGCUGGUGGAACAAGCAGCUAAGAGCUUACUGAACAAGAAGGCGGACGGCGUGAAGCCCCAGACCAACAGCACCAAAGGCAGUGCCGGCGUCACCAGCCCCAAGGGGACCCUCCCGCCCACCGCUCUGGAGCCUCAAAGUACCGUAAUCCAUAACCCCGCGGACGGCGCCAAGGAGUCCUCCGACAGCACCAACACCACCAUUGAGGACGAGGACACCAAAGCCCGCAAGCAGGAGAUCAUCAAGAUCACGGAGCAGCUCAUCGAGGCCGUCAACAACGGCGACUUCGAGGCCUACGCGAAGAUCUGCGACCCGGGGCUCACCUCCUUUGAGCCCGAGGCACUGGGCAACCUGGUGGAGGGGAUGGACUUCCACCGCUUCUAUUUCGAGAACUGUGAGUACCCGAGCUGCCCCCGCCCGUGCUGCCCUGCCCCUCCUCUCCCUUCCAGCCCAGCCCGAGCCCUCCUGUCUCCCUGCCUGCCUCCUUCACUGUCCCCUGUCUCUUGCCCACUGCCUGCCCAUCCUGGUCACCUCGCUUGUCUGUCCCCAGCCCUCCUCUGCUGGGCCAUGUGUCUGCUUGCACUGCCCCCAUCCCUGCCGCUGCCCCUGUGCCAGCUGCGGGUGCAGGCAGGUUUUGGCAGGGGGGACGCGGGUGCCACGUCAGGGGGCAGCUGGGGGGUGCUGGGGUUGGGGGUGGGGGGCUCAGGACGAUCCAGCCAGCACUGA